ACACCAUAUCUCUUUUUCUUCUUACAAAAACAAAAAAGGAAAUCAAAGAAUCUUUGGGUCCAACCUGGCCAGAACCCAGACAGUGAAAAAUCCGAUUCUUAAAAGCCAAGGUAUUCCUCAUAAAUUAGUCACUUCUUUCUUAUCCCUUUUUUUUUUUUUUCUUAAUUGAUGAUUGUACCGUUAUAAAUACAAAAAAUUCCAACGUAUAUAUAAACAUAGAAAGGAAUGAAGCUCUACUAUAUUACACGAGGAAGAACUGAAAAGCCUUUUGUUUUGUGUCUAGAAGAGAGAGAAAAGUAAAAAUCAAAGAGAGAAACGGGCACUUUUAGUAGAGGCCCGGCUACGGACGCUUUCUGCCCUCAUUCAAUGCUUUACCAAACUCAUCACCUUCCUUUUUUCUUCAAAUUCCGUUCCUUUACUGCCAUUCCUCUCUCUUCCUCAAGCACCCCUGCCAUCUUGCCUUCUUCUCUUCAGGAAAUGGAAUGCGUUGAGGCAGCCUUGAAGACCAGUUUUAGGAAGGAGAUAGCUUUGAAAUCGAGUCCCCAAGCGUUUUUGGAGGAUAUUGGGGUCGCUAAUGGACAGAAUGGGGUUUCUUGUGAUGAUUUUUCCGUUGACGACUUGUUUGACUUCACUAACGAGGAUGGUUUUCUUGAACAACAACGUGAAGUUGAAGAAGAAGAAGAAACAAGAGUUUCUUCUUCGCCUAAGAGACAAAAGCUAAGCCAAGAGGACCAUUUUUCUAACGACACUACCAAUUUUAAUUACGGUUCCUUAUCCACCAACGAAUUCCCUGUUCCGGCGGAUGACGUGGAGAACCUUAUAUGGUUGUCUCAUUUCGUUGAGGAUUCCUUCUCGGAAUACUCUACGGCGUAUCCCAGCGGAACGCUAACUGAAAAGCCCAGGUUACCAGCCGACGAAUUGCUUCCUGAACCGGACAAACCAGUUACUACAUGUUUUAAAACUCCUGUUCCAGCCAAAGCCAGAAGCAAGCGCACUCGAACUGGUGGCCGAGUUUGGUCCCUUGUCGCUUCCCCUUCUCUUACAGAAUCCUCUUCAAGUUCCACGUCAUCAUCUUCCUCCUCUAGCCCUUCAAGCCCUUGGCUCCUUUGUCCCAACAUCGUUUCAGGUUCAGCCUUUGAACUUUCUGAACCGCUAUCUGUUGAGAAGCCACCGGUAAAGAAGCAUAAGAAAAGACUGGCAACUGACUCAGCCGGUGGGAGUGGGACCCAACCGACGCGUAGAUGCAGUCAUUGUGGAGUUACUAAGACGCCACAAUGGAGAGCCGGUCCAAUGGGGGCUAAGACUUUGUGUAACGCUUGCGGAGUCAGGUUUAAGUCGGGCAGGCUUUUGCCCGAGUAUAGACCGGCUUGUAGCCCGACAUUUUCAAGUGAGUUACACUCGAACCAUCACCGGAAAGUGCAAGAGAUGCGACGAAAGAAAGAAACUUUGGGUCAAGCCGAGCCCGGUUUAGCUCCUCCGGUUGUUCCCAGUUUUGGAUAACAAUAGGCCAAAAAAAAAAGAAAAACAGUAGUACUAGAUUUUAAAGCAGUAGGCAAAAAUAUUCGAAGGAUAAUAGAUUGACAGAAAGAGAUGAAUCAGGUUGAUUGUGUCCGGUUCAAACAGCCCUAGUUAGUUUCGGUUCGAUUUGUACAUUAGUUUCAAAGAUUCAGGGUGGGCGCUAUAGGUUUCUAGGGAUGAAACUGAUUUAGGGAGUACUUUCAGUUGUAUUUUUUUUUUCACUUUACCCCUCAAUUGUUUUGAAUUUAAUUUUUUUACUGUUA